UGUCGAUGUCCAUACGCCUCCAUGCCUAGCAAGGGAACGGACGCUGCCCCGGACAGCAGGUGGUUCCUCGGACUGUGAGGACCCGGCGGACCAUGGUGGUACAACAUGGAUGUUCUCAAUUUGUGGCUCCGGCUCUGGGUCCUGUUCUCCCUCGGCUUGUAUUCAGGAGGCUUUAACCUCGACCUGGACGCGGACCGGCUCCCCGCUUGGUCCGUGCUGGUCAACGCCUCGCUGGGACCCGGGUGGGUCUACGCUUUGGACGGGACUCGAACCCCGAGCUACUGGCGCCGCUUCAUCAGCAUCGGAGAACUCGACGGGGCCGUCCGACUCUCAGGGAAGUUGAACUGCUCAUUUUUACCCAGGAACCCCGCUCCAUUUUACGUGCGGCUCAGAUCGAUAACUUCUGCUGAUCGGGUAUCGAUACGCUUCGACCCGGUCCUACGAGGGCCAAAGUGUCCCGUCAGACGCGAGAGGAGCAGUUCGCCCGACGUGUCACUGGACCUCCGCUCCGAUCUUUUACCGACGUCUUGUCUCUCCACGCAGGUUUUGUUCCACAGUAUCCUAAAGUCUUUACCGCCGUUCCUCUUCCUCCGCCCCACCAGCAACCUCCAUGGUUUAUCAUGCGAGGUGGAGGGCCGUGAGACCCGCCUUCUCCCCGGCGGUGUACUGGAGCCGUGCGUCCCGUCCGACGGGAGGGCGGAGCUGCUGCUGCUCUGCAGGGGGCCAAACUUCAAGAACUCCUGGCUGCGUCUCACAAUGCGCCCGGACCCUCAGCUGAGCCGCCGGGGGGUCGGUGGGGGGGUCAGACCCGGCUGUCCCCCUCAUCAGGCGGGUUGUGGUGGUGGUGGUAACGUGGGGGCCAGGCGGGGCCGGAGGGCCACUAACACGGCCCCCCAGUUCCAGCUGCCCAACUACCACGUGUCGGUCCCGGAGAACGAGCCGGCGGGGACCCGGGUCAUCACACUGCGGGCCCUGGACCCCGACCAGGGCCCCCCCGGGCGGGUCCACUACCACAUGGAGGCUCUGUUCGACAGCCGGUCCAACGACCUCUUCCAGAUGGACCCGGACACGGGCGGGGUCGUGACCCUGUGGCCCCUGGACCGGGAGAGCAAAGACACGCACGUCUUUAAGGUCGUCGCCGCGGACGACGGGAUCCCACGACGCCGGAGCACGGCGUACCUCACGGUGACGGUCAGCGACACCAACGACCACGCCCCCGCCUUCGAGCUCACGCAGUACCGGGUCAGCGUCCGGGAGAACGUGGAGGCGGGCUUUGAGGUGCUGACCAUCAGGGCCACCGACGGCGACGCCCCCUCCAACGCCAACAUGGUCUACACCAUCGUCAACGGCGACGGAGACAACGCAGACUUCGAGAUGGACCCCCGCAGCGGGGUGGUCCGGACCCGAGCGCGGCCGGACCGCGAGGCCACGGCCCGGUACCAGCUGGUCGUCCGCGCCGACGACCAGGGCCGGGACCCCGGGCCCCGCAGCGCCACGGCAACCGUGCACAUCUCGGUGGAGGACGAGAACGACAACGCGCCUCAGUUCAGCGAGCGGCGCUACGAGGUCCGGCUCCCGGAGGACCUCCCGGCCCCCAACAGGGUGGUCCAGGUCCAGGCCUCGGACCCGGACCAGGGGCCCAACGGCCUGGUCCACUACAGCAUCGUCAGUGGCAACGUCAGAGGCCAGUUCUACAUCCACGGCCCCACGGGGGUCAUCGACCUGGUCGGGCCCCUGGACUACGAGGCGGUGAGGGAGUACCACCUCCGCAUCAGGGCGCAGGAUGGGGGCCGGCCCCCGCGGGCCAACGCCACGGGCCUGGUGGUGGUGAGGGUCCUGGACGCCAACGACAACGCCCCCAUGUUCGUCAGCACGCCGUUCCAGGCCUCGGUGCCGGAGAGCGCGGCGGCGGGGGCCUCGCUCAUCCACAUCCAGGCCAUGGACGCCGACGCGGGCGCCAACGGCCGGCUGGAGUACCGGCUCACCGCCACGGCGCCCGGCUUCCCCUUCGCCAUCAACAACAGCACGGGCUGGGUCACGGUCGCCACGGCGCUGGACCGCGAGGCGGUCGAGCUCUACACCUUCGGCGUGGAGGCGGUGGACGGCGGCGUGCCGGCCCUGUCGUCGGCGGCGAGCGUGGCGGUGACGGUGCUGGACGUCAACGACAACACGCCCACCUUCCCCCGGCGGCAGUACGAGCUGAGGGUGAGCGAGGACGCGGCGGUGGGUGGCAGCGUGCUGGCGCUCAGCGCCGUGGACCGCGACGCCAACAGCGUGGUCAGCUACCAGAUCACCGGCGGCAACACGCGCAACCGCUUCGCCAUCAGCAGCCAGGCGGCGGGCGGGCUGCUGACGCUGGCGCUGCCGCUGGACUACAAGCAGGAGCGGCAGUACGUGCUGACGGUGGCGGCCUCCGACGGCACGCGGGCCGACUCGACGCAGGUCACCAUCAACGUGACGGACGCCAACACGCACCGGCCCGUCUUCCAGAGCGCCAACUACCAGGUGACCCUGGGGGAGGACCAGCCGGCGGGCGCCACCGUGGUCGUCAUCGCCGCCACGGACGAGGACACGGGGGAGAACGCCCGCAUCACCUACGUCAUGGAGGACAACGUGGCGCAGUUCAGGAUCCACCCGGCCACGGGCGCCAUCACCACGCAGGUGGAGCUGGACUACGAGGACCAGGCCUCCUACACCCUCGCCGUCAUCGCCAGCGACAACGGCGUCCCGCAGAAGUCCGACACGGCCUACGUGGAGAUCAUCGUGGUGGACGCCAACGACAACGCGCCGCAGUUCCUGCGGGACCUGUACCAGGGCGCGGUGCCGGAGGACGCGCCCGUCUACACCAGCGUGCUCCAGGUCUCGGCCGUGGACCGGGACUCGGGCGCCAACGGGAGGAUCAGCUACACCUUCCAGGGCGGCGACGACGGGGACGGAGACUUCUUCAUCGAGACGUACUCCGGGAACAUCCGCACGGCCCGCAAGCUGGACCGGGAGAACGUGGCGGUGUACAGUCUGAGGGCCCUCGCCCUGGACCGGGGCGUGCCCCCGCUCAGGGCCCUGGUGGACGUCCAGCUGUCCGUCCUGGACGUCAACGACAACGCGCCGGUGUUCCUCACGGAGGAGAUGGUGCUCAGCGUGCCGGAGAACAGCGCGGUGGGCUCCACGGUGGGCCGCGUGGCCGCCUCGGACCCCGACCAGGGCUCCAACGCCCAGAUCCUGUUCCAGAUCGUGGAGGGGAACCAGCAGGAGGUGUUCCAGCUGGACGUGUUCACCGGGGACCUGGUGGCCCUCAGCGAGCUGGACUACGAGGCCCGGGCCGAGUACACCCUGGUGGUGCAGGCCACCUCCGCGCCACUGGUCAGCCGCGCGGUGGUCCACGUCCGCCUGCAGGACGUCAACGACAACCCGCCGGUCCUCGGCGACUUUCAGAUCGUCUUCAACAACUACGUGAGCGACCGGCCCGGCGGGUUCCCGGCCGGCGUCAUCGGGAGGGUUCCCGCCCGCGACCCCGACGUCUCGGACCGGCUGCGCUACGACAUCGUCGAGGGCAACGAGCUGCAGUUGCUCCUGCUGGACCGGGACAGCGGAGACCUGAGCCUCAGCCGGGACCUGGACAACAACCGCCCCCUGGAGGCCCGCAUGGAGGUGUCCGUCAGCGAUGGCGUGCACCGGGUGUCCGCCCACUGCGUGCUCCGCGUCGCCGUGGUGACGGACGAGAUGCUGAGCAGCAGCAUCACGCUGCGCCUGGACCACAUGACCCAGGACCGCUUCCUGUCCCCGCCCCUCCUCGCUCGCUUCACCGCCGCCGUGGCGACCGUCCUGGCCACGCCCCCCCACGCCGUCUCGGUGUUCAGCGUGCAGGACGACGCCGAGGGCGCGGUCCUCAACGUGUCCCUCUCCGCCCUGCGGCCCCUCCCCCGGGGGGCGGGGGUGCCGGGGGGCGGGGAAUGGGUCCCCGCGGCGACGCUGAGGGAGCUGCUGUACCUGAACCGCACCCUGCUGGGGCGCCUGGCCGCGCUGAGCGUCCUGCCCUGGGACGACAACGUGUGUCUGCGCGAGCCCUGCGACAACUACAUGCUGUGUGUGUCGGUGCUGCGCUUCCAGAGCUCCGCCCUGCGCUUCGAGGUGGGCGGGGCUGGGGCCGGGGGCGGCGGGGUGAUGUUCCACUCGGUGCGGCCCGUGGCCGGCCUGCGGUGCCGUUGCCCCCCCGGCUUCACGGGGGACUACUGUGAGACGGAGCUGGACCUCUGCUUCUCCUCGCCCUGCCAGCCCCCGGCCCGCUGCCGCCACCGCGAGGGGGGCUACACCUGCCUGUGCCCUGCCGACCGCACAGGGCUGCGCUGCGAGGUGGACUCCCUUGGGGGCCGCUGUGCCGCGGGGGCGUGUGGUAGCGGGGGGACCUGUGUGGACCUGCUGGUGGGGGGCUUCGUGUGCCGCUGCCCCCCCGGCCCCUACCUCCCGCCCUUCUGUCGCCUCGCCGCCCGCAGCUUCCCCGGCCGCUCCUUCGUCACCUUCUCCGGCCUCCGCCAGAGGUUCCACUUCACGCUGAGCUUAAGCUUUGCGACCAGAGAGCGCAGUGGGCUGCUGCUGUACAACGGACGCUUCAACCAGAAACACGACUUCAUCGCUCUGGAGCUGGUGGACGAGCAGGUGCAGCUCACCUUCUGCACAGGCGACACAAAGACAGUUGUGUCUCCGUUUGUGGAGGGCGGGCUCAGCGAUGGCCAAUGGCAUUCAGUUCAUCUCCGGUACUAUAACAAGCCUAAUAUCGGCCACCUGGGCACGCCCCACGGCCCGUCAGGGGAGAAGGUGGCUGUGGUUGCCGUGGACGAUUGUGAUGUUGACGUGUCCCUUCGCUUCGGAGCCCAGAUCGGAAACUACUCCUGCUCUGCUCAGGGAACCCAGGGAGGAGCCAAGAAGUCAUUGGAUCUCACGGGCCCCCUGCUGCUGGGGGGGGUUCCCGACCUGGACGAGGACUUCCCAGUCCAGAGGUCGGACUUCGUGGGCUGCAUGCGGGACCUGAGCAUCGACCACCAGCCCGUCGACAUGGCAACCUACAUCGCCAACAACGGCAGCACUGCUGGCUGUCCGGAGCUGCAGGACUUCUGUGCCGGGGUGGUUUGUGAGAGCGGGGGGGCGUGUGUCAGCAGGUGGGGGGGCUUCCUGUGCGACUGCCCCCUCGGCUACGGGGGCAAGACCUGCCAGCACGUCAUGCCCUCCCCCCACUCCUUUCCGGGGGGGGCGGUGCUGUGGUGGGCGGACCCCGGGGUCACCGUCUCCCUCCCCUGGUUCCUGGGCCUCAUGUUCCGGACCCGCCGCCCCUCUGGGACCCUGGUCCACACCGCCGCCGGGGGGGCCUCCGCCCUGCAGCUGCUGCUGGUGGACAGCUGUGUGAGGUUCCAGGUGUUCCAGGACUCCGUGGAGGUGGGGGUGGUGGAGUUCCCUGAGGUUCGGGUGGAUGACGGGGCGUGGCACCACCUCCAGGUGGAGCUGAGGAGCGUGAGGGAGGGGAAGGAGACCACCUACCUGGCCCAGGUGUCCUUGGACUACGGCAUGUUCCAGCGGCGGGUGGAGGUCGGGAGGCAGCUGCCCGGUCUGGAGAUCAGGACUCUGUUUGUCGGAGGUCUGUUGGAUUCAGACGGACGGGUGGUGAACGGACUGACGGGCUGCAUCCAGGGGGUGCGUAUGGGUGAGACCCCCACCACCCUGUCCAAUGUCAACAUGCUGGAGGCCAGGCGGGCGGGGCCGGUCCAGGAAGGCUGUGACGUCGCCGACCACUGUAGCUCCGCCCCCUGCCCCGCCCACAGCCGCUGCAUCGACCGCUGGGCCGCGCACAGCUGCCCCUGUAACCACGGGUUCCUGGGGACGGAGUGCGUGGACGUGUGUGCGCUGAACCCGUGUCAACACACGUCGUCCUGCGUCCGAACCCCCGACCCCCCAGGGUACCGCUGUGUGUGUGGACCCGGGUACCAGGGGGAGUACUGCCAGCACAGGGCGGGGCCUCCCUGCGCGGUGGGCUGGUGGGGGGGGGAGGUGUGUGGUCCUUGUAGCUGUGAUGUCAGCAGGAGGUUCCACCGGGCCUGCAACCAGACCACCGGGGUGUGUCGCUGCAAGGACAACCACUUCCAGCCCAGUGGCUCUCCCUCCUGCCUCCCCUGUGCGUGCUUCCAGCUGGGGUCUGAGUCGCGGUCCUGCGCCCCGCUGAGCGGCCAGUGUCCCUGCAGGCCGGGGGUCACCGGGCGUCAGUGUAACCGCUGUGACAACCCCCACGCCGAGGUCACCACCAGCGGAUGCACCGUGGUGUAUGAGGGCUGCCCCAAAGCCUUCGAGGCCGGACUCUGGUGGCCCAGGACUGGCUUCGGCCAGCCAGCCGCCGUGGAGUGUCCCAAAGGAUCCACAGGGGCGGCGCUACGUCACUGUGGGGAGAAGGACGGCUGGCGGCCCCCCAGCCUGAUCAACUGCACCUCCACCGCCUUCACCCAGCUCACGAAACAGGCGGAGGUGCUGUUUCUCAACGGGUCGCUGAUGAACGGCGAGGCGUCUCAGCGAUUGGCCGGCCUGCUGUGGACGGCCAUCAAUCAGACGAGGGCUCUCCAUGGCAACGACAUAAAGAUAGCCUAUCGGCUGCUUAUCCUCCUGCUGCAGUUUGAGAGUCAGCAGCAGGGGUUCAACAUGGCCGCCACUCGAGACAUCCUCUUCCACCAGAACGUGGUACACGCGGCGGCGGCAAUCUUGGACCCGGGCCACGCCUUGCAGUGGGAGGAGCUCCAAGAGCAGGAGGCGGGCCCUGCGCUCCUCCUCAGAAGCUUCGAGGAGUACGCCCAGAACCUGGCCCGUAACACGAGGAGGACCUACAUGAAGCCAGUCACCAUCAGCUCCAAGAACAUUGUUUUCUCUCUAGAGUAUCUCCCCUCCUCCUCCUCUGACCCACCCAGGGACCUCCAGACCUUCGCUCUCUUCCCCCACCUCCUCCGCCAGCCAGCCCCCCCAACGCCCCCCUCCAAGCCCCAUGAUGUCACCUCCCAGACUGAUGAUGUCAUCUCCCAGCCUGAUGAUGUCACCUCUCAACCUGAUGAUGUCACCUCUCAACCUAAUGUCACCUCUCAGCCCCAAGGUGUCAUCUCACAGACUGAUGAUGUCACCUCCCAGCUCCAUGAUGUCAUCUUUCCACCCGAUGAUGUCAUCUCUCAGCCCGAUGAUGUCAUCUCUCCACCCGAUGAUGUAAUCUCUCAGCCCGAUGAUGUCGUCUCCCAGUAUGAUGAUGUAAUCUCCCAGAUUGAUGAUGCAAUCUCCCAGCAUGGUGAUGUCAUCUCCCAGCCUAAUGAUGUCAUCUCCGAGCCUGAUGAUGUCAUCUCCGAGCCUGAUGGCAGGAGGUUUCUCGAGACAGGCCCCUCCUCACCCCAUGCCGUCGCGGCCCGGAGGAUGCGUCGUCACGGCGACAAGCAUGGACCCCUGGCUGUUGCCGUGGUGAUGGUGUUCAGGACGCUGGGGGACCUGCUGCCUGAGAGCUACGACCCCGACCGUCGGAGCCUGAGACUUCCCUCCAGACCAGUGAUCAACUCUGCAGUGUUGACCACAGCCGUCUAUAAGGAAGUGCAGCCUGUGCCCUCUGACUUGGAUGUGACCUCGGACCUGGCGGUGACCUCUGGCCUGCCUGUGACCUUGUGGUUCCAUCUUCUUUAUUCUGAGGACCGCAGUAAACCCACCUGUGUCUCCUGGAACCACUCAGUAGGCGGUGGAGGUGGAUGGUCGGCCCGGGGCUGCGGCCUGGUGGAGAGGAACUCCACCCACAUCAGCUGCUCCUGCUCCCACACCUCCAGCGCCGCCGUGCUCAUGGACGUCUCCAGGAGAGAGCACGGCGAGGUCCUGCCCCUGAAGGUCAUGACCUACUCGGCUCUGUCGGCGUCUCUGGUCACCCUCCUCUUCACCUUCCUCCUCCUCUUCCUCCUGCCCCGGCUGCUCUCCAACCUCCACACCAUCCGGAGGAACCUGGUGGCCGUCCUCUUCCUCGGCCAGCUCCUCUUCCUCUGCGGCAUCGACCAGACCGACAACACGGUCCUGUGCACGCUGGUAGCCAUCUUGCUCCACUACUGGUGCGUGUGCACGUUUGGCUGGGUGUGUGUGGAGGCCGUGCACGUGUACCGCAUGCUGACGGAGGUCCGUGAUGUAGACCGCGGUCACAUGACCUUCUACUACGCUAUUGGCUGGGGCUUCCCCGCUGUCGUCACUGGGUUGGCUGUGGGUCUGGAUGCUCAGGGUUUCGGGAGCUCUGAGUUCUGCUGGCUGUCGGUGGACGACGCCCUCAUCUGGAGCAUGGCCGCGCCGGUCUGCACCCUGCUCCUGGUGAGUGUGGGGGUGAUGCUGCUCUCCCUCAGGGUGAUGUAUCAGAAGAGCGGCCCGUCGCUCCACCGGCCAGCAGCGAGGUCGGCGUUGCAUCCCUCCUUCCUCCUCCUGCUCCUCCUCUCCUCCACCUGGCUCUGCGGGCUCAUGGCCGUCAACAGUGAUAUCAUUUCCUUCCACUUCCUCUUUGCAGUCUUCAGCUGCUUACAGGCGUCGUGUGUCUUCCUGUUCUUCUGUGUGUUCCACCCGGAGGUGAGGAGCAGCUUCUCAGACGUCUGCUCCCCGCAGAGAACCAGGAAGGAGCCAGGAGGCGCCCACACAACACUGACGCGCUCCCUGAACGUGAAACACUCGCUGGCAGACGAUGACGCCCUGGUCCGCACCAACAUCAGCGAGUCCAGCGCCUCCCUGAACCGCUCCUCACGCGCCUCCUCCAGGACCAGCAGGGACGUGAAGCGAACUUCGUCGGGCUCGGCCAAGAUCGGUUACCAUGGAGACGGAGACUCCUCCCACAUUGGACACAAGCGUUCCAAACGAGACGAGUCAGACUCGGAUAGCGACCUCUCAUUGGACGACGCCUCCUACGGCUCCUCAGAAAGUGACGAGGAGCGGCGGCGACGGAGACAGCAUCGCCAUGACAACGGGAGGGCUCCUGAGGCUAGCUCGCCAAAAGGCAAGCUACGCACCAAUCAGAAGGAGCCUUACUGGCCAGUAGACCCGCCCACCGCCAGCGAGGGGGAGGAGUCCAGCAGGGUGGAGACGCUGCGUGUUGAGACAAGGGUUGCCGUGGAGACAGGGAGAGUAUGGAAAGACUCGUCCCUGCCCAGCUCCCCUGACAACCAAUCGGAGAGGAGACGAGGCAUCCUGAAGAAGCAGACAGCGUACCCCCCUGAGGUGGCGGACAAGAACCACAGGAACCUCCUCAGGGAGCGGCUCCACGACUCCUCCUCCCUCUCCAUCACCCCCCCCUCCCCCACCCUCAGAGGCCUUCGCCUGGUCGCUGGAGGCAACCUCCUCCCUCAUCCCCCCCUGUCCCCACGGCAACGCCAUCCCAACGGGGUCUCCCCGGUUACCCCUAAGGAGCGGAACUCGGACUCAGAUGACAGCAAUGAAACCUCAAUCUGACCUCAAGGACAUCUGACCUGCAGGAGAUGGCCUGGAGGACCCUGUCUGGUCCCUGGAGGUCUGAUCUCCUGGUCGGCUGGAGGACCCUGUCUGGUCCCUGGAGGUCUGAUCUCCUGGUGGGCUGGAGGAACCUGUCUGGUCCCUGGAGGUCUGAUCUCCUGGUGGUCUGGAGGACCCGGUCUGGUCCCUGGAGGUCUGAUCUCCUGGUGGGCUGGGAGUCUGAGCCAUCAGUCAGAGUUCCUCUCUGUCACCAGACCAGGCGCUUAGUGAACAUAAGGAGGUGCCUAGCGUGGCUCUUCUGAGACGUGGGCGUGGUCUGCCUCCAGCAGCCCCAGGAUUGGUGGAAUAUUAAGAGGGAGCAAAGGACACUGUUCUGAAGACGAUGCUGUUGCACCUCCUGUCCUCUAGGGGGAGCUAGCGUGGGAUGGGCUCUGGGUUAAAGCUUUUCAACGGGUGAAUGUUGCGCCAACACAACAGAGUGAUUCACUAAAGGCCUCAUUUACCUUCAUGAUACAGUUUAUUUUUUAUAUUUUUACUACCUUUUUACUGUUGUUUUUGUACAUAAAAUAACUAAUUUUUUAUACUUUAGUCGUUGUUAUACUGUUUUACAACAUUUAAUGAUCAGGGUUUUUUUCCAGCAAAACAAUGUGUUUUGUUGUAUUUUGUACCAGUUAGUUAAUUUAUAUUAUUUUGUCUAUUUUGCGGCACUUUUUGCUUGAAUUUGUGUACUAUCUGUGGUCAUUUAAUUCCGUUCUCAUCAUAAGUAUUAAACUUCAUACAUUUCAUUGGCCACAUUAACCAUAACACACAAUGAAAUAUUAAGACACAUAAGGAUACAGAAACUAUUUUCUAUUUUAUUAGUGUCACAAAUUUAGUCAGACUUCAAUAAUUGCCAAUUGUUUAACUUGUUACUCAGAACCUAUAAAUAUGCACUGAUAAUUAUCUGAUACAUUUUUUUAUUUUAAUUGUAUUAUUGUUUAUUCAGGGAAAAUUUGGUUGCAUUUUACCGAUAUGAUUUACAUAAAUCAAAUGUUUAUAUGAGCUAGUCAGCUAGCCUCUACACCAUUUUGAAUUGUAUCUUAUUGCAUUAUACUUUUAUAAUAUACAAUGAUUUGAGUCGCUCAAUGAAAAGAAGUGUUCCAAUAAUCUCAUGUUAAUUACAUGUUUCAGUAUUCCCGCAAAAAAAAGUCAAAAUAUGAUCACAUGAUGAUUGCUGAAAUGAUUGCUGCAUAUAGUAUUUUAUGUAAAGUUUGCCAAUUCUUAAGGCUGUAAGAAAGCCUUCAGAGGUCAAACUCUGUUGAAUGGCUUAAACAGGGAGUGUAGUCUUUGUAUAAAAGUAUUUUGCGUAACCUUUCCCAACAUGCAAAGUCAUAUUCCUCUGUCAGAGUCUAUAACUUCACUUAGCUAUGACCUUUAUUUGCUUCUCAUCAGGGUAUGAGUUUGAACUGUAUUAUGAAACAUGGCCUCUGCUGUAUUUAUCUCUGGAUUACGCAACAGAGAACAUUUCGUAUUUAUUGUUUGUGAAAGAAACACUGGAUAUCCUAUUUUCGAACGUUAAAUAAACACCU